CCCGGCCCUUCGCCGCCACCGCCGCCGCGCGGUGGUUCCCGCGGAUCCGCGCGCGCCGCCGGCCGGGAGAGCUCUCAGACCGCGAGGCGAGCCUCAGGAACCCGUGGGACGCAAUGCGAGCCAGUUAACUUCUGGUUUGACUGCGCUGGGGCCAGGGGCUGUCCCAUACAGUUUUCUAAUUUGGAGAGUUUUUCGGGUGUCAAGAAUGCUUCUGAGUGUUUGCGAAUGUUCCUUGGAUACUCGCACGGCCUUUUGCAUUUUCUCCAGGACGUGGAGGAAGAAGCACGUUGCAGAGCUGAUGCCGUAGCGCAGCAUGGUUGCCUGAGACAGAAGCUUCAGCAAUUGCUGGAAUAACUGGAGGGGAAAUAUGAAACCUUAGCCGUUCACCCGGCAAGAGAGUUUCAAGAUGGCAGCUCAGCGCAUCCGAGCUGCCAACUCCAGCGGCCUCCCGCGGUGCAAGUCCGAGGGGACCUUGAUUGACCUGAGUGAAGGGUUUUCAGAAACAAGCUUUAAUGAUGUCAAAGUGCCUUCUCCCAGUGCCUUGCUAGUAGACAAUCCCACGCCCUUUGGAAAUGCAAAGGAAGUGAUCGCCAUCAAGGACUACUGCCCAACCAACUUCACCACCCUCAAGUUCUCCAAGGGCGACCACCUCUACGUCCUGGAUACGUCAGGCGGGGAGUGGUGGUACGCACACAACACCACGGAGAUGGGCUACAUCCCUUCCUCUUACGUGCAGCCCUUAAACUACCGGAACUCCACCUUAAGUGACAGUGGGAUGAUCGACAAUCUUCCAGACAGCCCGGACGAAGUAGCCAAGGAGUUAGAUUUGCUCGGAGGAUGGACAGAUGACAGGAGGGAGUCGAGCAAAACCUACAGUAAUAAUCCUUUCUGGAACGGUGUCCAGACAAACCCGUUUCUCAAUGGGAAUGUGCCAGCGCUGCCCAGCGUGGACCUACCGACUCCCCAAAGCACCGUGGACUUGCUGCUCUUUGAUACGGGCACAUCUUCGUUCACUGAGUCCAGCUCAGCGACGACCAACAUCUUCGACGAGCUGCCGGCCACCAGCCGCCUUCACGCGGAGCCGACGGUCAGGCGGGACAACCCUUUCUUCCGGAGCAAGCGUUCCUACAGCCUCUCGGAACUCUCCGUCCUCCAAGCCAAGUCCGACACUCCCGCAUCCUCGGGGUUUUUCACGGGCUUGAAAUCGCCGGCCCCCGAGCAGUUCCAGAGCCGGGAGGACUUCCGGGCUGCCUGGCUGAGCCACCGGAAGCUGGCCCGGUCUUGCCACGACCUGGACUUGCUGGGCCAAAGUCCCGGCUGGGGCCAGACCCAAGCGGUGGAGACGAACAUCGUGUGCAAGCUGGAGAGUUCGGGGGGCGCCGUGCAGCUUCCCGACACCAGCAUCAGCAUCCACGUGCCCGAAGGCCACGUGGCUCCAGGGGAGACGCAGCAGAUCUCCAUGAAGGCUCUGCUGGACCCCCCGCUGGAGCUCAACAGCGACAGGUGCAGCUGCAUCAGCCCGGUGCUGGAGGUGAAGCUGAGCACCCUGGAGGUGAAAACCCACAUCGUCUUGGAGAUGAAGGUUUCAGCUGAGGUGAAAAGUGACAUUUUCAGCAAAAGCACAGUGGGCCUCCAGUGCCUGAGGAGCGACUCAAAGGAGGGGCCCUAUGUCCCCAUCCCACACACCUACAGCUAUGGGGACACGGUCCAGGCCCAGCUGGACGACCUGGAGCCCUGUAUGUACCUGGCCAUCGUUGCCCACGGCCCGAACAUCCUCUACCCUUCCACGGUCUGGGACUUCAUCAAUAAGAAAGUCACCGUGGGUCUCUAUGGCCCCAAACACAUCCACCCAUCCUUCAAGACGGUGGUGACCAUUUUCGGGCAUGAUUGUGCCCCCAAGACCCUACUGGUCAGCGAGGUCACCCGCCAGGCCCCGAGCCCGGCCCCAGUGGCACUGCAGCUCUGGGGCAAGCACCAGUUCGUCUUGUCCAGGCCCCAGGAUCUCCGAGUCUGCAUGUUUUCCAACAUGACCAACUACGAGGUCAAAGCCAGCGAGCAGGCCAAGGCCGUGAGAGGCUUCCAGGUGAAGCUGGGCAAGGUAAGCCGCCUCAUCUUCUCCAUCAGCUGCCACAACGCCAGCGAGCUCUCCGACUUCACCUUGCGGGUCCAGGUGAAAGACGACCAGGAGGCCAUCCUGACCCAGUUUUGCGUCCAGACCCCACAGCCACCCCCGAAAAGUGCCGUCAAGCCAUCCGGGCAGAGACGGUUCCUCAAGAAGAACGAGGUCGGGAAGAUCAUCCUGUCCCCGUUUGCUGCCACCACCAAGUACCCGACUUUUCAGGACCGCCCUGUGUCCAGCCUCAAGUUUGGCAAGUUACUCAAGACGGUGGUGCGGCAGAGCAAGAACCACUACCUGCUGGAGUACAAGAAGGGGGACGCCAUCGCCCUGCUCAGCGAGGAGAAGAUCCGGCUGAAGGGGCAGCUGUGGACCAAGGAGUGGUACAUUGGCUACCACCAGGGCAGGGUCGGCCUCGUGCACGCCAAGAACGUGCUGGUGGUGGGCAAGGCGCGGCCCAGCCUCCUCUCUGGGCCCGAGCUGAGCACGUCGCUGCUGCUGGAACAGAUCCUGCGCCCGUGCAAGUUCCUCACCUACAUCUACGCCUCCGUCCGCACGCUGCUCAUGGAGAACAUCAGCAGCUGGCGUUCCUUCGCCGACGCCCUGGGCUACGGGAACCUGCCGCUCACCUUCUUCUGCCGGGCCGAGCUGGACAGCGAGCCCGAGCGGGUGGCGUCCGUCCUGGAGAAGCUGAAGGAGGACUGCAACAGCACGGAGAACAAAGACCGGAAAUCCUUCCAGAAGGAGCUCAUGAUGGCCUUACUGAAGAUGGACUGCCAGGGCCUGGUGGUCAGACUCAUCCAGGACUUCGUGCUUCUGACCACGGCGGUCGAGGUGGCCCAGCGCUGGAGGGAGCUGGCCGAGAAGCUCGCCAAGGUGUCCAAGCAGCAGAUGGACGCAUACGAGUCUCCCCACCGGGACAGGAAUGGGGUGGUGGACAGCGAGGCCAUGUGGAAGCCUGCGUACGACUUUCUACUCACCUGGAGCCACCAGGUCGGGGACAGCUACCGGGAUGUCAUCCAGGAGCUGCACACUGGCCUGGAUAAGAUGAAAAACCCCAUCACCAAGCGCUGGAAACACCUCACAGGGACCCUGAUCAUGGUCAACUCCCUGGACAUCCUGCGAGCGGCCGCUUUCAGUCCCGUGGACCACGACGACCUCGUGAUUUGAACGGGUCUGCGACCUUCUGACGCCCUCCCAGAGGGCUGCCCCGGGGUGCGUGCCCUCUGUCUGCCCCGGAUGCCCAGGCGGGCACUUAGAACUGGGGAGGGAGGGAAGGUCAGCUCAGACAGACCCAGGGUCCCUCCUGGCUGGACCCACACCCAGGACCGAGCACACGCGAUGUUCCACCCGCCUCCUCUGUCACGGGAGAGACCUGGAGGGAAUUUCUACUGCAGGUUGUUGCCAAUCAAAUAGCUUUCUAUUUGUUAAGUAUAAAUUUAAAUAACUUUUUUUUAAAGUAUGGGGGGGGCGUACGAGAAAGGUGGUAUCUAAUUUUUUAAUGGACCAUAAAGGUAAAAAAAAAAAAAGAAAAAGAAAAUACUUCAUAGGGGCAGAUACUGUUGAGGUUUUUAUGUUCUAUAAAGACCUUUUUAAAUUAUGUUACAGAUGUAUAUAUGUAUUUAAGGGUCAUGGGGGCAUUUCUGAUCGCCGGAUUCUCUUUGCAUUUCAACACUUAGCACGGAAAGACACUCGUUCAGAUGUUGGACCUUUUUGCCUCUGUACUUGUAAAAAAGAAAAGAAAUCAAAUAGGAAACGUGGUGUUUCAGUCAAUGAGUGUGGUCCGUGCGCCUUCUCCCUGAGGCUGUCCUAGGCCUGCGAUUCCCUGUGAUUUUUAUUACCUUCUGUACCGUGGCCUCGUGUUGCAGUAGAGGAACGGCCGCAGCACAGGGGAAGCGUUUUUGAGCUUUAGCAGGAGGAGUGAAAUCCAGCAGGAGCGAUUGGGUGCGCUUGAGAUGAGAAGGCGGCGGGCAGGUGGCAUUCUCUACGGCCCCUGCCUGUGCGCCCUUAAUCCAAAAAAAGAGCUACGCCACGUGGAGAGAGGCAGCCCCUGCAGCUCUGAGAGGUCCUGCUUCUCCCCAGGGACAGGGGAGUGCUCGCUGCAGAGCUCGAAGCCUCUCCUCUGGGCACGAAGAAAACGUCAACACAAGCACACCCUACGCUGAUGUCCAGAGGUUCCUGCUGCCAUUUGCCAAACUCUCUACUUCAUUCCACCUAAAACGUAACCCCUCUCCCCUCCUGGUGUGCCCGUCUCUCUUUGGAAAUAAAUAGCAUAGAGGAAUCUCUUUUUUUUAAACAAUAUGAAGAUUAUCUGUGCCGGAUGAAUGUCGUCUGAAAAUGUUUCCCACAUAAAAUCUGGGACUUGGCGGACUGUUGCAUUGAUAACCUUGAUGGUCGGAGAUCAACUUGCGCUGAAUUCUACAGUUGUGUUGUGCGUGCAUCUCGGAAGGGAGUGAGGGACAGGGAGGAAGAAAUACUGGCAGAUCAAUAGAGCUGAUCCCCAGGAAGGGGCCAGGAUAUGUGCUGUGCUUACGUGAGUGAUACUGGGCCAUCUGGGGUUCUGGCAUCUCAUUCUCUAAAUCUGCUUUCUGGAAACAUGCUAAUUACUUAGUAUAAUCAAUGUAAAUCCCUUACUGGGCUAAAACAUUCUUAUAUAUCUAUUGAUUCAAAUACGGAAGGCCAACUGACUAGAAAACAACAAUAAAAAAAAAAACACUACACGUUUUAUGCUGCAAGAACCAAGAUACACAAUUCCCCCAAAUCAUCACACGAAAUCACCUUACGUACUGGUUCUUCACUCUCCGCCUUCAGUCUUCCCAGAGAGCGUCUCUCACUCUUCCCCAAAGAAGAAACAAAACCAGUCGCACCUUAAAUACUGAGAUUUUUUUCCUCAGGGGCUUUAAAUAGUUUCCUAUGCAACAUGUCUUGUAGCACAAAUUCAAUUCUACGAAAG